AUGAGCGAGGAUGACACUCAAGGAGAAGAGAAAGAAGAUAUGCUGGAAGAAAACAUGCAUGAAGAACGAAAAGGUUAUGAUAGAAUGGGAAGAAAUAGUGAAGAAUCGAGCAGAGUAUGUAGAUUUUGUAAAAAUCUCAUACACAGCUAAAA